GACGGAUAUUUUUCUCGGAGGUUACGAUAUAUUUUUGAAUAAGAACUUAUGUUGGUAAUUAUAUCCAACAUUUGACAAAAUAUUAUCCAUCUUGCUACAAAUCAACAUCCUUCCCUUAAUAUUAUCUAACCCUAAGUUCAGUUUUACAAACCAAUAUCACACUACACAAAUCUAAAAUCAACUUUUCUUCCUUUUCCCUCAUCGUCUUGGUCAUCACUUUCUUCAUCCUCAAUUUCUUGGUCCUCAUUUUGUUGUUGUUGUUUGGCACAUUUAGGCCUAAAGGUUUCGCCUUCUGAUGUGGUCCUCAUUGCAGUUGAUUUAGUUCUUGUCAUUGUGAUUUCCCUGCCCAGUAGAAUAUCCUGACAUUAGCUAACCAAUAUCUGGACUUCACAUAAUGAAUACCCCAACGAUCAGAAGUAAUAUCAAACAAGUCAUAUCCAAAUAUAUCAAACAACUAUCCAGACAAUUCACAUAUGAUAUCAUGGUCGACCAAAACCAAUAUCAAUGUAGGAAUAUCCAGAUAUAUCAAACAACUAUCCAGGCAAUUAAAAAGUGAUAUCCUACCCGAACAGAAUUAAUAUCGAAACGUACACAAAACAUAUCCACAAAACCCAGAAAACAAAGCAACACAGAUCCAAUCAGAUCCUCAAAAUCCACAAACAAAGCAACCCAGACCCAGAUCCAGUCACAUCCACAAACCCAGAAAACAUAUCCACAUAAUCCACAAAAGAAAGCAACUCAGAUCCAGUCAAAUCUAAGUUACCAGAAAACAAAUCCAUCAAACUCAUACAAAAAACGCAGAAAAAGGAAAACCCAGAUCUAUUAGAAUCCAUGAAACCCUAACUUCAAACACUACUUAUUUCUUUUAAACACAAAAUCAGAAUCCAAGAAACAUAAUCAAAAGAAAAAUAGAACAAUCGCUUUCAGAAACUCGAUUGAAUCACAAUAAGCAAGGUGAAUAAUGAGAGAGAGAGAGAGAGAGAGAGAGAGUUCCCUGCCGAGUUCGCUGCUUCGUCGCCGCCGACAAGAUCGCUGCAGCCGAGAUUGCCGCCGCCGAGUUCGCUGCAAAGUCGUCGCCGCCGAGAUCUCCGAGUUCGCUGCAAGGUCGCCGCCGUCGAGAUCUCCGACUUCGCUGCCGCCGCCGCCGCCGAGAUCUCCGACUUCGCAGCAAGGUCGCCGCCGAGAUCUCCGCCUUUCGUCGCCGCCGCUUCGUCUGCACCGUCGCCGCCGUCAAACCAACCUGGCCGCCGUCGUCGUUGUCGGGAGAGGAAAGGGAGAGGGAGAGGAAAGAGAGAGGGAGUGAAAACAAUUGAUUUUUGGAGAGAGAGGGGGGGGGGGGGGGAAACGUGUCUGGUGGAGAAAGAUAAGAGAGGGGAGGGUUUUGAGUAAAAAAAAAGUGGUGUUUUUUGAAUUUGGGGGUCUGGUGGGCCCCAUUUUCUUUUUCUGUAGGCUUGGGCCAGCCGAUAGAAUCGGCUCUCCUCCCUAACAUGCUGGCGCCACUCUACCUCCACCGCUGGAUCGUGGCUUGGAGACGUGGCUGCCCAUCUAACCCUAUCAGUAUCUCCUAACAAAAUGGCCUGUUAGGA